CUCCCUUCUACGGUUCUACCUAAUCCACUAGUUUCUCUACAAACAUCACAGUCGAGUCUAACUAAAAGUCAAGCAUACUUUUCAUAAACAAUUCCCUAAAAUCUCACUUUAAAGGUCGAAAAUUCCUCCACGGGUGUUAAAUAACGUCAACGGAACUUACGAAGAAAGAUCCGAGUUUCUGACGCCUGAAGUGAAGUGUGUUUUAGCAAUUAAUGGAGCUUUUGAGACCAUUACACCCUCCUGUCACCAUGGCCACCGACGGCUGUUCUGGGUUUUCUCCAGCGGCGAGUUCCCAAGAUGGGUUUCACCUAAACAGUCCGGUGGCGGCGGAUGUUUUCCGUGGUGAUAAGAUUUAUGUGGCUGUUGGGAAGUCGGUGGAAAAGGCAGUGUCUUUGUUUCACUGGACUUUUCGGAGGUUUAGAGGUCGAGAGAUUUGCGUACUUCAUGUUCAUCAACCUUCUCCCUUGAUUCCAACACUUCUCGGUAAACUACCUGCAACUCAAGCAAACCCUGAUGUCGUGUCUGCAUAUAGACGAGAAGAGAAGGACCAAACAGACAAACUUCUUCUUGAUUACAUGAGCCUUUGCUCUCGAUCAAAGGUUAAUGCAAGCUUCGUGACCACUGAAAAUGAGCAAGUUCGUAAGGGAAUUUUGGAUUUAGUCAACGAAUAUGGCGUACAGAAGCUUGUUAUGGGAGCUGUGCCAGAGACUUGGAUGAAGGUGACGAAGAACUCAAGCAAAUCAAGUUACGCUGCCAAAAACGCUCCUCCGUUUUGUCAAAUUUGGUUUGUUAAUAAAGGUAAACUUCUUUACACGAAAGAGCCUUCUGAAUCCUACGAUGUUAUGCCACCAUCGAUUCAUCAAGAUUCCAACACUUUGAGAUCUCAAUCAUUGCAUUAUCCCGGAAUGGAAAGGGGGUUACAGCAAGUUUACCAUUGUCCGAGAUCGAGAUCGAUUAGUCCACAUCGUUCACUGGUGCAGACUUCAUCAGAUUCUGGGUGUUCAUCGUCUACUGAACAUGAAGAAGAAGCUUUGUUAUACAAACAGCUUGAAGAAGUCAACAUGGAAGCUGAAGCAUCCAGGAAUGAAGCGUUUCAAGAGUUUUUAAAACGAAAACGAUUAGAAGCACAAGCUUCCGAAGCAAUUAGCAAGGUGAAGGCUUAUGAAUCUGCUUAUGCGCAAGAACUUGAACUAAGAAAAGCGGCGGAGGAGACGCUAAAUGGAGCAAGACGAGAGCAUGAACAACUAUUGGAACGAAGAGAAGUCGCAGCAAAAGAACUGCGUAAGGCGAUGAGAAACAUAGCGAUCUUAGAGAAUCAAGUACAAGAAGCAAACCGUAGACGUGAAGAAUCCGCUCAAGAGUUGAAACUCAUUCAGGCAUCAAUUACAACUCUAAAGAUCGAAAAACAAACAAUUCAAAGACAAAGAUUUGAAGCAGCAAAGUGGCUCGAUAGGUGGAAAAUUCGUGAACCUGCGGGAAGUAUAUCUUGUACAGAUGAAUCUACGGCGGCGAGACCACCGGAGUUUUCGUAUCUGGAUUUGGAAACUGCAACUUGCGGUUUUUCUGAGAGCUUCAAGAUUGGAUAUGAAAUGUAUGGUUCUUCCGUUUAUAAAGGUGAAAUGUCGAAUAGAACAGUCGUUAUAAAGAAACUGCAUCCGGAUAAUCUGGAAGCACAAUCGGAGUUUCAGCAAGAGGUUCGAAUUGUUGGGAAACUGGAUCAUAAGCAUAUAUUGAGAUUAAUCGGCACAUGUCACGAAUCAUAUGCCCUAGUCUACGAAUACAUGCCUGGAAGCCUCGAGAGUCAUCUGUCCAACAAAAGCAACUCAUUUUCCUGGAAAACACGAACUCGAAUCAUUUCCGAAAUCGCAAAUACUCUUUUGUUCUUGCACACUUCUCGACCCGAAGAGAUCAUACACGGGAAUUUAACACCCAAAAACAUCCUUCUUGAUUCUGAACUCUCCUGUAAGCUCUGUAAUUUCAGAUUUUCCCCAUUGGUUAACGAGGAAACAUUCCGAUGCCGUAGCUUUCGCCUAUAUGAAGAAGGGAGCGGACCUUUUUCGUUUACUGAUCCGGCGGUUCUUCAAACUGGAAAUUUAACAACGAAAUCUGAUGUCUAUUCUUUUGGGAUGAUUAUCCUAUGGCUACUCACAGCCGGAGAAUGGCCUAGCUUUGUGGUUAAACGGUUAGCCGAUUUGGGUCUCCGGUGCACUGAAUCAAACACUAGAGACCGGCCGGUGGUCUCACCGGUUCUGGUUAAAGAACUUGAACAGUUGUCUGUUCUUGAAGACCGACGGAUCCCUCCUUUUUUCUUGUGUCCGAUUCUAAAGGAAAUCAUGUAUGAUCCUCAGUUGGCAGCGGAUGGUUUUACUUAUGAAGGAGAAGCGUUGUGUGGGUGGUUUAAAAACGGGCGGGAAACUUCUCCGAUGACAAAUUUGAAACUUAGUCAUUUGGAUCUUACUCCGAACCAUUCACUUCGAGUUGCGAUUCAGGAUUGGCUUUGCAAUCCUUGAGUGUAUUUGAGUUAUUGUGGUUGUAGAUAUAGUUGUACCUUACGCAUUGUUGGUUGUACUAUUGCAUAACAUAGAUCAUGAUAGUAAAAAGAUGUAAAACUGGCUCGUUGCUUGAGUUGUAGUGAGGCAGUGAGCUGAAUCACAUAUGUACAUGGUAAAUGAAUGAGGAUUUAGGUUUUUGCGUGUUACCCUUGUAGUACGAUCUGCAUGAAUGGUUGUACUUGGUCUAGAAUGCAAACCAAAAUGACGUGGUAUAAAUAUUUUUUUUUUCU